GUGUCAGUGUUCUGUGUGAAGUCUUCUGUGACGAGGAGAAUAUGAGUAUGGAAGGGGGUCAUUACACUCUAACCAAGAAGCUUGUGUAUGGCAGUAUGCUGAUAUAUCACUGUCCAGAAGGGUACUAUCCGAAUCCAGCUUCAACUCGUUUGUGCCAGAAAAGUGGAACGUGGUCACCACCUCCACAUAUAAGGCGUCCUCAAAAGUGCAAGAGUAAGUGACAAUUCCUUGGCCUGACAUUUUUUAUAAAAACAGUAUUUUAAAUAAGAUAAAUGCUACUUAAACAGUGCUUUCUCCAUUUUUUGAUUUAUUUAGUGAUUGAAUGCCCAAACCCCUUGGUUUUGGAAAGUGGUACUGUCUCUCCUCUACAAAUGCAAUAUUUUGUCAACAAUAAGACAACAUAUGAGUGUUAUUCUGGAUACACAUUAUGUGGCUCAUCCUCCCGUGUGUGCCAACCCAAUGGGAAGUGGAGUGGGGGAACACCCAUUUGCAGACAUGACUGUGAGUAGCAAACUAUCAUCUUAGGACCCUCUUUUGGUCGUAAUAACACAUUAUAAAUGAAUCUCAGUCUCACAGCCUAUGCAAUAACUCUCCAUACAUCUCAUACCUUUCUACCUCUCUCACACCCUCCCUCUCCAUUUCUCGCUGACAUUCUACAUUUACAUUUACAUUACAUUUUCGUCAUUUAGCAGACGCUCUUAUCCAGAGCGACUUACAAAUUCUCCCACAUUCUCUUCCAGCAGGAGGUGAAAAUCGUUGUGCUGACCCUGGGAUUCCAGCAGGUGCUAGGAGGUCUGGUUCCAGUUUUGGCAUAGAUGACAAAGUGACAUACCGCUGUGACGAGGGCUUAAAUUUGGUGGGGUCAAAGGAGCGUGUAUGUCAAGAGAGUGGCCAAUGGACUGGGACUGAGCCUAAAUGUUACUGUAAGGCCCCAGAAAGACACCCAAAGCGAGCAACAUAACACACAGUCACCAAUAUUCCAUUGAUCAAAGAUACCUGAAGAUUGUCAUGUACAGUCCAAUUUCAUAGACUGCGAGAAAGAAAGAUUUAACCCUGUGGUUGUCUGGUUCUUUUCUUCUUGUUGCAGACAAACACACGUAUGACACUGCACUGGAGGUCACAGAGGCAUUCGGCAGUGCUAUCAGAGAGAGCCUUCAGUUGGCAGCGCCUAUCGGUAGGUCUCUCCAUAACAACCAAUAUGUCAUGUUUAUCAAGUCUUUAUUCUAUUGUCAAGAUCACCCUAACUGUGUAACAUAUUUGCCAAACCUUUCACAUGUUUUCCUUGUGGCACCAUUCCUCACAAACAUUAUCUUCCACCUGUGAUUGUGAGAGUAAGAUAUCCUGCUGGUGUCUUUCAGAUUACACAGAUCAGGAAGGAAAGAAGAUCACAGUAGAUAAAGCUGGAAAGCUUAACAUAUACAUUGCUAUGGACAUCUCUGACAGCAUUGAGGAGGAUCAGUUUAACAAAGCAAGAAAUGCUGUCAAGAAACUUAUCACAAAGGUAUGUCACAGGUACUCACAAGGUGCACUAUAUAUAUAAAAGUAUGUGGACACCCAUUCAAAUGAGUGGAUUCGGCUAUUUCAGCCACCCGUUGCUGUCAGGUGUAUAAAAUUGAGCACACAGCCAUGCAAUCUCCAUAGACAAACAUUGGCAGUAGAAUGGCAGUACUGAAGAGCUCAGUGACUUUCAACGUGCCACCGUCACAGGAUGCCACCUUUCCAACAAGUCAGUUCGUCAAAUUUCUGCCAUGCUAGAGCUGCCCCGGUCAACUGUAAGUGCUGUUAUUGUGAAGUGGAAAUGUCUAGGAGCAACAACAGCUCAGCUGCGAAGUGGUAGGCCACACAAGCUCACAGAACCAGAUCGUCGAGUGCUGAAGCGCGUAGCGUGUAAAAAUUGUCUGUCCUCGGUUGCAACACUCACUACGAGUUCCAAACUGCCUCUGGAAGCAACAUUAGCACAAUAACUGUUCGUCGGGAGCUUCAUGAAAUGGGUUUCCAUGGCUGAGCAGCCGAACACAAGAACAAGAUCACCAUACGCAAUGCCAAGCGUCGGCUGGAGUGGUGUAAAGCUUGCCGCCAUUGGACUCUGGAGCAGUGGAAACGCGUUCUCUGGAGAGAUGAAUCACGCUUCACCAUCUGGCAGUCCGACGGACAAAUCUGGGUUUGGCGGAUGCCAGGAGAACGCUACCUGCCCCAAUGCAUAGUGCCAACUGUAAUGUUUGGUGGAGGAGGAAUAAUGGUUUGGGGCUGUUUUUCAUAGUUAUGGGCUAGGCCCCUUUGUUCCAGUGAAGGGAAAUCUUAAAGCGACAGCAUACAAGGACAUUCUAGAUGACUCUGUGCUUCCAACUUUGUGGCAACAGUUUGGGGAAGGUCCUUUCCUGUAUCAGCAUGACAAUGCCCCUGUGCACAAAGCGAGGUCCAUACAGAAAUAGUUUGUUGAGAUUGAUGUGGUAGAACUUGACUGGCCUGCACAGAGCCCUGACCUCAACCCCAUCAAACACCUUUGGGAUGAAUUGGAAUGACGACUGCGAGCCAGGUCUAAUCGCCCAACAUCAGUGCCCGACCUCACUAAUGCUCUUAUGGCGGAAUGGAAUCAAGUCCCCGCGGCAACGUUCCAACAUAGUGGACAGCCUUCCCAGAAGAGUGGAGGCUGUUAUUGCAGCAAUGGGGGGACCAACUCCAUAUUAAUGCCCAUGAUUUUAGAAUUAGAUGUUCAGUGAGUAGGUGUCCACAUACCUUUGGUCAUGUAGUGUAUGUUAUGUGAUUGCUGAGUAAUUUACAUCAUAGCAGGGGAUCCCUUAAAGAGAUUCUCUGGUACUUUUGUAUACUUUUUUGCCAGUUGUUCUGAAAGUAGUGCUCAGAAGCCAAAAGUGGUCCCCGAAAUUGCGUACAACAUCACAUGUGCAGAUAUGUGCACCACGUCAUUGCUCUUGAUGUGGAAAUGUAGUCCUUAUACUAAUCAAAGAAUCAAAGUAUUUCAGAGUUUUUGUAGAAUUAAGAUAGACUUUAUUACAUAUAAACAAAGCCGAGUUGAUUUGCAAAGCAUCUCCCGUCUACCUCUCAGCUCUCCGUUUAUAUAGUCAUAUUCACAUACAUCUUAGCUUAAAGCCCCUCCCUCUUGGGUUCCCCCACCACCAUCCUCUGUUUCCCCCUCUCUACCACUCCACCCACUUCCUUAGUCUAUGAUAGCAGCUAAAUUUGACUUUUAUUCAGUUUAGAAUCAAUAGUAGUACAAUCAAUGAAGCCCUUGUCAUGCAAAAAUAAUCAUGUUCAGUUUAAACUCUGUUCAACCCCGGCUCACCCUGGCUUGACCUGAAGAUUGAUUGUUGGAUAUGACAGGUCCACACUCAAUCUCUCAAACAUACCCAAACCCAACUCCUCUCUCCCCUCCCGUCAUGCUGUAAUUACUCAUGAUUAGUCUGAACUCUGUUCAACUCUGGCUCCACUCUAAGGACUUUGUUUGUGGAGAGAGGCAAAAGGCAACAGUCUGGUUUCAGUCUCUGAUAAAUUAGGACAGCCAUGGAUUAGGUAAGAGCGAGGAAUUCGACCCGAGGUCAGAUCCCCAUUUCACACACACACAAACCCAGUGAAAGGAAGUAAUUAAGUUCUUGCCCAGCAACAGAGAAUUCUGACUAUAUGUUCGUCAUGUCUGUGAUUAACUUUGUUUAUCCAAUAGUUUACUGAAAAAUCUUCAUCACUACUCUCUCUUUCUCACUCUGCUGUGUGUGCAUGAUGUGCCUCUUGCUAGCUGUCACUUACAGUGCAUUCGGAAAGUAUUCAGACCCCUUUACUUUUUACACAUUUUGUUACGUUUUCUCAUCAAUCUACACACAAUACCCCAUAAUGACAAAACAAAAACAGAUUUUUAGAAAUGUAUUUAUUAUAAAUGUAUUUUUUUUAUUUUUAUGGAAAUAUCACAUUUACAUAAGUAUUCAGACCAUUUACUCAGUACUUUGUUGAAGCACCUUUGGCAGUGAUUACAGCCUUGAGUCUUCUUGGGUAUGACCCUACAAGCUUGGCACACCUGUAUUUGGGGAGUUUCUCCCAUUCUUCUCUGCAGAUCCUCUCAGGCUCCCCCAAUUGCUCAGUUUGGCCAGGCGGCCAGCUCUAGAAAGAGUCUUGGUGGUUCCAAACUUCUUCCAUUUAAGAAUGAUGGAGGCCACUGUGUUCUUGGGGAUCUUCAAUGCUGCAGACAUUUUUGGUACCCUUCCCCAGAUCUGUGCCUCGACACAAUACUGUCUCGGAGCUCUACGGACAAUUCCCUCAACCUUUUUGCUCUGACAUUCACUCUCAACUGUGGGACCUUAUAUAGACAGGUGUGUGCCUUUCCAAAUCAUGUCCAAUCAAUUGAAUUUACCACAGGUGGACUCCAAUCAAGUUGUAGAAACAUCUGAAGGAUGAUCAAUGGAAACAGGAUGCACCUGAGCUCAAUUUCGAGUCUCAUAGCAAAGGGUCUGAAUACUUUUUUUUUUUUUUGCAAACAUUUCUAAAAACCGGUUUUCACUUUGUCAUUAUGGGGUAUUGUGUGUAGAUUGAUGAGGAAAAAAUUGUAUUUAAUCCAUUUAAUGUAUUUAAUAGCGUAACAAAAUGUGGAAAAAGUCAAGGGCUCCGAAUACUUUCCGAAUGCACUGUAUAUGGCGAGGGGCUGAAGCUCAUUGGUUGAACUCGAAUUGGGAUUGCUCACAUUGUCACGUUCGCUUACAGACGGGACGGACCAAAGCACAGCGUGAUAUGCAUACAUGUUUAUUUAUACUGAAUAAACACCACGACAAAACAACAAAUGAAACGAAACGUGAAGUCCAAGGUAGACAAACAACAUAACUCACACGGAACAAGAUCCCACAACCCACUAGUGCCAAUAGACUACCUAAGUAUGGUCCCCAAUCAGAGACAACGAGCGACAGCUGCCUCUGAUUGGGAACCACACCGGCCAACAUAGAUCUAGACUUGCUAGAUCUAAACAUAGAACAUACCACACAGAAAAUACACACCCUGACUCAACAAAUACGAGUCCCCAGAGUCAGGGCGUGACAGUACCCCCCCCCCCCCCCCCCCCAAAGGUGCGGACUUCGACCGCACAACAUAAACAUAACAGGGUAGGGGCCAGGUGGGCAUUCCGCCUCGGAGGCGGAUCCGGCUCAGGGCGUGACGACCACUUACUCUCCGCCUCCCUGUUGCGCCCCUGGUCUGGUCUGGACCUCGGUGCGCUGCUUCCCCUCUCCUUCCUCCCACGAAGUACCAAGCCCUGUCUGGACCCUGGUGUGGGAGACCCCGAACCUGGAGAGGGGCUGACGUUUGGGUCUGGACUGGAGCCGCUGACCGGAGCUGGACCGGGCACCGGUGGAGCGGACUGCUCUGGCUCCGGAGUGGAGCAGCUGACCGGAGCUGGAUCAGGCACCGGUGGAGCGGACUGCUCUGGCUCCGGAGUGGAGCUGCUGACCGGAGCUGGACUGGACCCCAGUGAAGCGGAUUGCUCUGGCUCCAGAGUGGAGCAGCUGACCGGAGCUGAACUGGGCACCGGUGGAGCGGACUGCUCUGGCUCCGGAGUGGAGCAGCUGACCGGUGCCGGACCAGGCACCGGUGGAACAGGCACAUGCCGGACUGGACACACGCACCACUGGCUUGGUGCGAGGGGCAGGAACAGGCCGGGCCGGGCUGGCGACGCGCACCACUGGCUUGGUGCGAGGGGCAGGAACAGGCCGGGCCGGGCUGGCGAAGCGCACCACUGGCUUGGUGCGAGGGGCAGGAACAGGCCGGGCCAGGCUGGCGACGCGCACCACUGCCUUGGUGCGAGGGACAGGACCAGGCCGGACCGGGCUGGUGACGCGCACUACUGGCUUGGUGCGAGGGCCAGGAACAAGCCGGGCCGGGCUGGCGACGCGCACCACUGGCUUGGUGCGAGGGGCAGGAACAGGCCGGGCCGGGCUGGCGACGCGCACCACUGUCUUGGUGCGAGGGGCAGGAACAGGCCGGACCGGGCUGGCGACGCGCACCACUGGCUUGGUGCGAGGGGCAGGAACAGGCCGGGCCGGGCUGGCGACGCGCACCACUGGCUUGGUGCGAGGGGGAGGAACAGGCCGGACCGUACUGGGAACACGCACCACUGGCUUAGUGCGGGAAGCAGGAACAGGACGGGCCGGACUGGUGACGCGCACCACUGGCUUGGUGCGAGGGGCAGGAACGGGUCGGGCCGUACUGGGAACACGCACCACUGGCUUAGUGCGGGAAGCAGGAACGGGCCGGACCGGACUGGCGACACGCACCACUUGCCUGGUGCGAGGAGCGGGACUGGGUUCCUUUAUUAACCCCCGCUCCUUCUGCUGCCUAACCAGCUCCUCUCGCUGUGCCUCUACACUUUCCUUCUCCCUUAUAGCCUCCUGUAGCGCCUCCCUCUGACCGAAUAACUCCUGCUCCCUCUGAACCAAUAGCCCCCGUAACAUGGUGGCCUCCUCUCUUAACCUGCAGAUCCGCCCUUUAACGGCCUCCUGCUGCCUCGUCGUCCACACCGUGUGCCCCCCCCAAAAAUUUUCUUGGGGUUGCCUCUCGGGUCUCCGUCGUCGGCACUGUUGGCGCCGUUUCUCCUCUCCUACCUGGGCAUCCUCCUUCAUCGCCUUUCGGUAACGGACGGCCUCCUCCUCCGUAAUUCUCCCCCAACCGAGGAGGACAUCUACUAAUGUAACCUCCUGUUGAAUUCCCGGCGUUUGCUCCUGAACACGCUGCUUGGUCCUCGUUUGGUGGGAUCUUCUGUCACGUUCGCUUACAGACGGACGGACCAAGGCGCAGCGUGAUAUGCAUACAUGUUUAUUUAUACUGAAUAUACACCACGACAAAACAACAAAUGAAACGAAACGUGAAGUCCAAGGUAGACAAACAACAUACCUCACACGGAACAAGAUCCCACAACCCACUAGUGCCAAUAGACUACCUAAGUAUGGUCCCCAAUCAGAGACAACGAGCGACAGCUGCCUCUGAUUGGGAACCACACCGGCCAACAUAGAUCUAGACUUACUAGAUCUAAACAUAGAACAUACUACACAGAAAAUACACACCCUGACUCAACAAAUACGAGUCCCCAGAGUCAGGGCGUGACACACGUGAGGGAAAAUGUAGGAAAAAUGGCACAGCACAGCUUCUAGAAAAACAGUUGCUUUCAAACUAGGUAUUUUGUGGCUAAUUGAGGUAAAACAGUAAUUCUGCUCAUAGAUUAUGCAUUUAUGAACUAUACAUCCAGCCCAAAGCGGGAGUUUAAAAAAAAUACUCAGUAUUUGCAAAAAUUCCAGAGCAUGUCUUCUUAACCCUUAAUGUAAGCACAUCACACAAAAAUUACUGACACUAUGCUUUCAGUUAUUGUUCACCACAGUUUUCAAUUCACAUUAUUUGACACACAUCUAAAUGUCAAUUUGUCUUGUACCUUGUCCUUUCACAGGUCAGCUCCUUUGCAGUCAGCCCAAAUUAUGAAAUCAUUUUCUUUGCUUCUGAUGUAUUAGAAGUUGUCAACAUAAUAGAUUUUUCUGGAGAAAAAAGAAAAACACUUGAACAAGUCUUGGAUGACUUGGACAACUUUAAUUAUGGAGGUGAGCAAAGAUUGACUUUACAUGUAUUUACAUCAUCAUUGCUUAAACUAUACACUUAUCCAGUUAUCCAUAAACUUCACAAAUAGUGUGUGUGUGUGUGUGUGUGUGUGUAUGUGUGUGUUUGUGUGUGUGUGUGUGUGUGCACUUUUUCACAGAUAGAGAAAAUGUUGGGACCAAUCUCAACCUUGCCUUUAAAACCAUCCUGGAACGCAUGGCUAUCCAAAAACAACGAAAUGAAACUUUAUUCAAGGAGGUCCACCAUGUCCUCAUCUUUUUCACAGAUGGUACUGCAGUACUAUUAUUCAUGUAUAUUUGUUUGGAAAGUAUUUGAUUUUCAUUAUUGAUUGCAGCUUCUUUUUUUAAAAAGCUUCUGUUCAGCUUUGGUCAGCUCAGUAAUAAUCUCUUGACUGUCUUUACUUGCAGGUGCUUACAACAUGGGGGGUAGGCCCGAAGACACAGUGGCCAAAAUCAGGGAAACAGUCAUCAUGAAUACAAAGGAAGAACGGGAUCAAUAUCUUGGUGAGGUCAAAGAUAUUUGUGUUGUCUUGACAUUCAACAACAACCUGACAUUCUAGUCUCAACUAUUCAUACCUAUUCAUUGCCUGUAUAGGUGUCUUUCUAACUAUAGACUGAGCUAGGCCUAUAACAUGCACACAGUAUUUGGCUCGGGAAUAAUGAUCAAACAUUUAUGAACAAUGAUUUGUGGCACUGUACAGUAUUGAAAUGAAUUCGAGCCAGCUAUCAUCUCAAGUAUAUGAAUGUUCUUUUUUUUGGACCAACUUAUUAUUUUUUUUGCUUGAAUUGUCCUGCCAAUGCUUUGUUGUUUUAAAUUAUAUUUCAAAAUUUGAGGUGGGCUAUAUGAUCACACUGGUAAUAGAUCCGUUGUUGUAUUACUUGUGAGGCAUAGCUGAGUGAGCAUACAUUUAAAUAAUUUGCUUUUUAUUUUACUGGGCUGAUGGUGCCUGCAUCUGAUGGUCAGUCUCAGCGGAGGGAGAGAGCAGCAGACUGAGGGUCCGCCUCUCAACAUCCCUCUGCUCUCCCUUUCCUCCACUCGAGUCGCAUUAUCGCAUUAUUUCUGCCUCAUGCACAAAUUCAUCUUACUCCUAUGAACAGAGAAAGAAAAAUGUUCCUCAAUAUUAAGAAAUACCAAAGCCGCUAAUAAUAACAACAACAACGCAAGCUUAUAGAUACACUUUCCUACUCAUUCAUUACUGCUGCACUGCUUGUUGUAGCGCCGAGUGGAAAUAGGAAGAACGCGCAUUUUAUGGCUUAUAAAAGUGUUGAAUACAAAGUGACAGUGCUGAGUAAGAACUUAAACAUGAACUCACUAAUAAAAACAGCAGCUCUUUGCUGUAUUCGUUGACAGUCUCUCUUUGGUCAUGGUUUUAAAUAUUUUGAAAUCUCACAGUAUCAACUUCUUCUUCUUCUUCUGUAGGUUUUAUGGCAGACUACAACCCAAAAAGGUGUAUUGCCGCAACCAACUGGACGGGUUGACAAACCAAAUCCAUAUGUGAUAGGGAAGCUAACUUAAUCCACUUAAAUAAAAAGAGUACAUUGACAAAAAAAAACUCCCACUUCUUACAUUUUUAGCAGACACUCUUAUCCAGAGCAACUUACAGUUAGUGAGUGCAUACAUUUUCCAUACUGGCCCCCCGUGGGAAUCAAAUCCACAACCCUGGCGUUGCAAGCACCAUGCUCUACCAACUGAGCUACAGAAGACCCUUCUUUCAAAUCUCCAUAUCUCCCUUCUCAGGUUCUAGGGCCUGAGAGGGUGGUACGGCUUGUGACAAUAUUCCAUGUAACUCCUCCGCCGAGAACUGUUUCAGCCCCAGGAACCGCUCCGCCGCAUCCACAAUGAUAUCUAUCUUCCUGGACCUUCUCUCCACCUUGGCAGUGCCAUUAUUCACCAAAGCUAUAAAGGCCACAAAGUCCACCUUCUUAACCUUUAAAAUGUCAGGGUCCUGCUGGUGAAGGCCUAUCCACCACCAUGGACUCUUCAGGAGCACCAUUCAAACCCUCAACCCUUUUAACAGUUGCUGCAUAUGAAAUGCUCUGGACAGCCCUGACUUUGGCCACCUCAUUCUCUUUCACCCUUGUCGGGCAAUCGAAAGAUGUAGCUUCAUGGUUCCCACCACAAUUGCAACAUUUCACAUUUUCCUCACUUUUAAAACACAUAAUAUGAUCUUUUCCACAAUUUGGACAUCUCGGCUUCCCUCUUCUGCAAAUACUUGAAACAUGACCAAAAGCUUUACAAUGAUAACACUGCAUUGAUCUUGGGAUAAAUGCUCUGACUCUGUAGUUUAAAACUGCACUUGAGUAGGGAGAGACUCCAUAUCAAAAAACAAAAGAACAUAUAGACUGUUCACUUUUUUACCAUUCACCACACGAUUCAUCCAACGUGCAUCAAUCACUCCAGGAAUAUUUUCUCUUCAAAAUCGACUUCCCACGAGACGCCAGAUAUAACCCCCUUGAGGGCUGCCCUGUUCCGAAGAGACACACACGACACUUCAAACUUAUCAAAUCGGGUGAGAUGCAACGCGCGUUCCUUUUGAUCCGCAGAAUAACAAAAAAUCAAAACAAGCCCGCCUCUAGUGAUCCUCACAGCCUUCACUUUACCCAGCCCACCUCCACCAGUUUGGAUAUCUCAAAUGGUUUCUUCAAUACUGGUACUCUGCUCAGCUACUCCUCAUUAACAAACCGUUUUCCAUUAUUUUGGACAAUACUCCAAUUUUCCUUGAUUCUACCGCCAUUGGAUUCAGAAUCCACUUCAUCGUCCGCUUCCGCCAUCUUUCCUACCAACAUUCCUUGUCCCAGAAUAGCCUAGAAUGCACCGUGCGGCCCAUUGACCAUUUCUUCCAGAGAGCUCACAGUAUCAACUUUGCUGAAGCUUUCUUUUCUGCCUGCUACAUUACUGCAGACACCAUAAUCUGAGCCAUCCGAUUGGCCAGCUGUAGGCCUGUAGUGCAUUUGAUUUGCUCUCUGGGCCCACUGGGAAGGCAGAUUUUGUGCCUUCAGGCACAUUAAAUAGUUCAAAAUGGCAACAGUUCGCCUACCCAAAAAGCAAGUUCUGCAGGCUCUAGUUUAGUCUAAUCUUGAUUAUUGUCCAGCCAAGUGGUCCAGUGCUGCAAGGAAAGACCUAGUUAAGCUGCAGUUGGCCCAAAACAGAGCGGCACGUCUUGCUUUUCAUUGUAAUCAGAGGGCUGAUAUAAAUACUAUGCAUGCCAGUCUCUCUUGGCUAAGAGUUGAGGAGAGACUGACUGCAUCACUUCUUCUUUUUAUAAUAAUAAUAUGCCAUUUAGCAGACACUUUUAUCCAAAGCAACUUACAGUCAUGCGUGCAUACAUUAAAAAAAAAUUUGGUGUGUGUGGGUGGUCCCGGGGAUUGAACCCACUACCUUGGUGUUACAAGCACCGUGCUCUACCAGCUGAGCUACAGAAACAUGAAUGUGUUGAAAAUCCCAAAUUGUUUGCAUAGUCAACUUACACACAGCUCUGACACACACACUUACCCCACCAGACAUGCCACCAGGGGUCUUUUCACAGUCCCCAAAUCCAAAACAAAUUCAAGAAAGCGUACAGUAUUAUAUAGAGCCAUUAUUGCAUGGAACUCUGUUCCAUCUCAUAUUGCUCAAAUAAACAGCAAACCUGGUUUCAAAAAACAGAUAAAGCAACGGCACAACGCCUCUCCCCUAUUUGACCUAGAUAGUUUGUGUGUAUGUAUUGAUAUGUAGGCUACGUGUGCCUUUAAAAAUAAUGUAUGUAGUUCUGUCCUUGAGCUGUUCUUGUCUAUUAAUGUUCUGUAUUAUGUCAUGUUUCAUGUUUUGUGUGGACCCCAGGAAGAGUAGCUGCUGCUUUUCAACAGCUAAUGGGGAUCCUAAUAAAAUACCAAAUACCAAAUACCCAGCACGCAGUGCAGCUGAAUCGGGUGCACCUACCACCAACAGCCAGAGAAAAAUAUAUAUAGGAACACAAGGCUUUAUCGUUGGGUUUUUUACAAAAAUGUUAGGCGAUCGACCAGGAAUGCCUUGGAGAUUGACCAGUCGACCGCGACGACCGGUUGGUGACCACUCCUCUAGAAAGUUGAGUGAAGUUCAAUCUCGUGCUUCUCUCUGUGGGCUGCUAUUUCUUCUGCGUGCAUGGCAGUCUCAGGGCUACUGUGCGCCCACGCAGGCGUGCAGCUUAGAGGGAACAUUGGUCAAGCUUUUAAAUUUGAACCAAGUUAUAUUUUAGGGCGUUUGGAUGAAAUUAUUGAAUAACAUUUUUGCAACACUCGUGCAUGAAACGCGAGCGGUUUGGUCAGCAUGUCCGUUAAUUCAUAGUGAUUUUGCAAAAGAAAGCCACACGAAAGCCACGCGUUUCAAUAUGCCGCCAGAACCGGAACACCUAGGUCUACUACCUAAGUAUGUGAAUGUUCUUGAUUCAUCUAAUGCCUAAUGUUUUGGGCACUUCCUCUUGUUUUUUAGAUAUCUAUGUUUUUGGUGUUGGAAGUGAAAUCUUUGAUGAAGAUAUCCAGCCACUUGUGACAAAAAGGGAUAAUGAGGACCACUACUUUAAACUAAAGGAUGGUGCAAAAUUGGAAGAAACCUUUGAUAAAAUAAUUGGUGAGUCCUUCUAAUUUGACCAACAAAUAUGGCAGAGUGUGUCUCUGCAUGGACUUUGUUCCCUCAGAGAGUACUAUAUUUCAGUGUCUUUGUAUCAGUGUGUUGAGCCACCUCUCUCCUCUAUGUAGAUGAAAGCAAGGUUGUGGGUCUAUGCGGGCUCCAUAGAAACUACGAUCAUGACACCGCAGAUACCAUACGUGUAAGAUAUCCCUGGAUGGCAAGGAUUGGCAUCACGGUAAUUACUCAUGCCUCAUUUGUCUAAAUGGAAACUAUUUUUAAUGUUUGAUUAUUUCAUCAAUGCAACAGUGGCCUUUCUUCAUGAUCAGAUUGUAUUUAGUGUGCAGUGCACUGUGUUAAGUGAUUCAUUACCAAUGCAAUACAUGACAGCUAUAGUUAGAAUUAGAAUUAGAAAUUGAUUGGAUAUCUUUACCAUUUACAGCAGACCUCGCCUUUCAUUUAAGGCUGGAAUUCAAUCAUCACUCGUAGUGUGUUUCUGCAACGCAAUUUCUCAGGUUGUUUGUGCUUUGGGAGAGUGAUAAACAACAUUAUGGCUGACACACCUCCCAAACUGUAUCCUGUCCCAUCCCAGUGCACUCAAAGAUUGAUAUAUUGUUGACCUUUUAUUAAAUAUUGAUGCAACUUGCAUGUUGUCAUUGACAGUAUUUAUGUUCAACCUCUCUCUCCUGAUCCCGUUAGCAUGAGGAUGAAAGUUAUGGUAAAUGCAUGGGGUCUCUGGUCACUCCCCGCUUCAUCUUGACUGCUGCUCACUGCUUCAAGUUCACAGACACAGCAGAUAAAAUCAAGAUUAAGAUUGGCAAAAAUCAAGGUGCAACCAGCCACUCCUCUAAAAACAUUUCCACUUACACCCAAAGUUUUUGAAACUCCAGUUUCCUUAAGACAAAUGUCUCUGUAGUUGGGGAUAGUGAAACUUGUUUUUUCAAGUGAUUAUCAUCAUUAACAGAAUAUAUGUCAGGAUGCCACAUGUAUUUGAACUGGUGCUAUUCUAUGAAAUAGGUUUGCUAAUUUAUACCCUGGUCCUGUCUCCUAACAGUUCUAACAGGAUCACGUCUAAUAUUACACCCUAAUUUUAAUAUCAAAGCCAAAGAGAAAGAGGGGAUAAAUGAGUUCUAUGAUUAUGACGUAGCUCUCAUCGAACUGAAGAAUGAUGUAGACAUCUCUAUCGACACAAGGUAAGACACAUACAGUCAGGUGCAAAAUGAUUGGCACCCUUGAUAAAGAUGAGCAAAAAAAUACUGUAUAAAAUAAAUAAUACAAAUACUGAGCUAUAUUGCAUGCUCAGAUAAAUUGGUAAAUUAUUUUAUACUAAAACAAUUGCUCAGAGAAAGAGAGUUUGUUUGAAAAUAAAUAAUAUAUAAAAAAAUUUUUAAAGAUAGGGGUAUAAAUGAUUAACUCUCCUGUUUUCAAUACUCCAGCACCCUCCCACUGUGAGGAUAACGACACUGAGCCUUUCUCUCAAAUGUUUUAUGAGAUUGGAGAUCACAUUGGGAGGGAUCUUAGACCAACUUAGUUAUCUUUUUGAGAUUUGUUGUAUUACUUGUUAAACAAAAUCUCUUUCUCUGAGCAAAUGUAUUAGUAUAAAAUAAUAUAAUUUUCACCCAAACAAUUGCAUACAAUAUAGCUCAGGAUUGGUAUAAUUUAUUUUAUAGUCUUUUUUGCUCAUUUUUAUCAAGGGAGACAAUAAUUUGACCUGACUGUAUGUCUUUUGAUGCAGAAGGAACAAGAAUGAAUAUGUCACGACUUCCUCCGAAACUGCCUCCUCUCCUUGUUCGGGCAGGCUUCGGCGUUCGUCGUCACCGCCCUUCUAGCCACUGCCGCUCCAUAUCUCAUCAUUCCAUUUGUCUUGUCUUGUCUUGUUACACACACCUACCACAUCCCCUCAUUAGUACGUGUAUAAGUGUUCCCUCUGCCCCCCUUGUCCUUGUGGGUGAUUGUUUAUUGUGAGGAGUAGUAGCGCGGUUGAGCUCAGUGUAUGUUGUAUUGCCGGGGUAUAUUUUCCCUGUGUGCCUGUUUUGUUCCAGUGCGCCUGUUUUGCGCACUGGACUGGUUGACGCUAUUCUGCGUAACGCUGUAUUACGGAAUAAACUCUGUAUUCUGUGAUUUACCCUCCUGCGCCUGACUCCUUCAACUCACGCAUCACAGAAUACAGUGAUGCAGAAUUUGUACCUAAAUAAUCCAGGUUUUUGGAGUAAUGUGUGAAACACAUAGUUUCUUUCAUUAAUUCUUGCUCUACUGUCUUCCUCAGACCAAUUUGCAUCCCUUGCACCAAGGAAACAAGUGGUGCUUUAAGAUUGGUGGGAGAGGAAAUCACCUGCAAGCAACAAGGUGCAAUUACAGCACACAGCCUAUUCAUCAAGAUACACAUAACCUAGAAAGGUUCAAUUAGGCACUGUAUGUUACCUUGUCUCAUAUAUUUCUCUCCUUGCAGAAGAGCUCUUGUUAAAAAAUCAUUUUGAAGAAGUCAGUUUCAUGUCACAUGAUAAGGACAGGGAAAGUAGUAAGGAUCAGCGGAGCGAUGCCAAACUUAAGCUCCAGGAUCAGGUGAGUGCUUGUAUGAUGUCUGACCAAACAGACAGUCAGACAGACAGACAGACCCACCCACCAAUGGAUGAUUCAUGUACAGUACCAGUCAAAAGUUUGGACACACCUACUCAUUCAAGGGUUUUUCUUUAUUUGUACUAUUUUCUACAUUGUAAAAUAAUAGUGAAGACAUCAAAACUAUGAAAUAACAAAUAUGGAAUCAUGUAGUAACAAACAAAGUGUUCAACAAAUGAAAAUAUACUUUAUAUUUGAGAUUCUUCAAAUAGCCACCCUUUGCCUUUAUGACAGCUUUGCACACUCUUGGCAUUCUCUCAACCAGCUUCACCUGGAAUGCUUUUCCAACAGUCUUGAAGGAGUUCCCACAUAUGCUGAGCACUUGUUGGCUGCUUCUCCUUCACUCUGCCGUCCGACUCAUCCCAAACCAUCUCAAUUUGGUUGAGGUCGGGGGAUUGUGGAGGCCAGGUCAUCUGAUGCAGCACUCCAUCACUCUCCUUCUUGGUAAAAAUAGUCCUUACACAGCCUGGAUAUGUGUUGGGUCAUUGUCCUGUUGAAAAACAAAUGAUAGUCCCACUAAGCCCAAACCAGAUGGGAUGGCGUAUCGCUGUAGAAUGCUGUGGUGGCCAUGCUGGAUAAGUGUGCCUUGAAUUCUAAAUAAAUCACAGACAGUGUCACCAGCAAGGCACCCCCACACCAUUACACCCCCUCCUCCAUGCUUUAUGGUGUGAACAACACAUGCAGAGAUCAUCAGUUCACCCACACCUCGUCUCACAAAGACACGGCGGUUGGAACCAAAAAUCUCAAAUUUGGACUCCAGACCAAUGGACAAAUUUCCACCGGUCUAAUGUCCAUUGCUCAUGUUUCUUUCCCCAAGCAGGUCUCUUCUUCUUAAUGGUGUCCUUUAGCAGUGGUUUCUUUGCAGCAAUUCGACCAUGAAGGCCUGAUUCACACAGUUCCCUCUGAACAAUUGAUGUUGAGAUGUGUCUGUGACCUGAACUCUGUGAAGCAUUUAUUUGGGCUGCAAUUUCUGAGGCUGGUAACUCUAAUGAACUUAUCCUCUGCAGCAGAGGUAACUCUGGGUCUUCCAUUCCUGAGAGCCAGUUUCAUCAUAGCGCUUGAUGGUUUUUGCAACUGCACUUGAAGAAACUUUCAAAGUUCUUGAAAUGUUCCGUAUUGACUGACCUUCAUGUCUUAAAGUAAUGAUGGACUGUCGUUUCUCUUUGCUUAUUUGAGCUGUUCUUGCCAUAAUAUGGACUUGGUCUUUUACCAAAUAUGGCUAUCUUCUGUAUACCCCCCCUACCUUGUCACAACACAAUUGAUUGGCUCAAACGCAUUAAGAAGGAAAUAAAUUCCACAAAUUAACUUUUAAGAAGGCACACCUGUUAGUUGAAAUGCAUUCCAGGUGACUACUUUGUGAAGCUGGUUGAGAGAAUGCCAAGCGUGUGCAAAGCUGUCAUCAAGGCAAAGGGUGGCUAUUUGAAGAAUCUCAAAUAUAAAAUAGAUUUUGAUUUGUUUAACCCACUUUUUGGUUACUAGAUGAUUCCAUGUGUUAUUUCAUAGUUUUGAUGUCUUCACUAUUAUUCUACAAUUUAGAAAAUAUAAAAAAUAAAGAAAAACCCUGGAAUGAGUAUGUGUGUCUAAACUUUUGACUGGUACUGUAUGUGCCCCUCUCUCUCUAAUUUUUUGUCUCUUGCAGAGGGAAAAUUGUAUUAGCUUGGCUACUAAGGUAGAUGGCAUAACAUCAGAUAAUCUGAAGGAUGUUGUGACUGAAAACUUCCUAUGCUCGGGUGGGCGUCAACCUACUAGAGAUAAUGUUGCCUGUAAAGGUAUGUUUAAUAUAUCAUGGAACAUUGGAUGAUGCACUCACUGUCUAAGUGUGUCUUUUAUCUUUCAAUGGAUUGAGAAAAUCUCUAGUUUUGAUAUAUUUGUUUUUAAUUUUCAAAAGGAAAAGGGUCCUAUUACUUGGUCUUACAUUAACACUUAAUUUUGUGUAUGUGUAUGUGUGCACAGGUGACUCCGGUGGUGCUCUGUUUAAGAACUAUGAUGAUUACCGCACAAUCCAGGUUAGAGACAUUCAGGGCAUCUAUUUACAUCAGAUAAAUAGGCACUAGGCACUACCUACAGAGGGGAGCAGUAAGAGAGUGGUAACUUUCUGUGCAUUUCCCUCAUACUUUUUGCUCUAUGCUUUUUUGUACAUGGAAUUUUACAUAUUUAUUUAUGUAAAAAUGUAUUUGUAAACAUCUGGGGUCUUUGUAAUCUACAGUUAAUGCACAUUAAUUAGUACUGACACCGCAUCCAUUCUUCAAAGGUUGGAUUGAUCAGCUGGGGCACCAAAAAUCUGUGCCCUGAUGGUAACAACGACGUCAAACAGGAGUCUGACGAUGACUCCAGAGAUUUCCACAUCAACCUUUUUAAAGUUGUGCCAUUUCUGAAGAAGUAUUUGGGCGAUGACACACGAGAUUAUGCACCUCUUCAGUUUUUAGACAAA